AUGACCUUUGCAAAACUCUGCGUCUUUCUCACAGUCUGCCUCGCAGCCUCUGACGUGCUGGGAGGAACGGUGCCAAUCAAUGAUGGCAAGUACAUUUUAGAGACCAGAGUCACCUUGGCUGGCGUCCUCACUGUGAAGGUCACGGCAGAAACGACGGGUUGGGUGGGAUGGGGACUAUCUCCGAACGGAAGCAUGAUUCUCUCCGACCUGGUCAUCGGGGGUUUCGAUGCGUCAAAGGGUUCCUACAUCGGGGAUCGCUUCUCCGCCGUUCCGGGGCCUCCACAACUGGAUGCCGUUCAAAAUGUUCAACUCGUCUCGGCGUCUGAAAAUGCGACCCACACGGUGCUAGAGUUUACUCGAGCUGUUGAUACGGGAGAUAUGACGGAAGAUAUUAAAGUGGAGAAUGCAGUCCAAUUUAUUGUCUGGGCUGUUGGUCCCACGGACGAAAUUGAAUAUCAUGGACCGGAAACUCGAGGCACGAUAGAACUUAACUUGAUGGAUGGUUAA